AUGGAAGAACAAGAAAAUCAAACUCGGGUCACUCAAUUCAUCCUCCUUGGCUUCCAAGAUUUGAAGAAUCUACAGAUCCUUCUUUUUCUUGUGUUCUUUGUUAUUUAUAUCACAACAAUGGCAGGGAAUCUCCUUAUUAUUGUGCUUGUGGUGAGUGAUCGGCAUCUUCACACUCCAAUGUACUUCUUUCUUGGUAACCUGUCUUGCUUGGAGAUCUGCUACAGCUCAACUUUGAACCCCCUCUUGUUAAGUACCUUCCUGACAAAUGGAAAGGCCAUCACGUUCAGCGGGUGUUUCUUGCAAUUAUUUUUCUUUGGUUAUUGUCUGGGUGCUGAAUGCUAUUUGCUGUCUGUGAUGUCCUACGACAGAUAUCUAGCAGUGUGCAAACCAUUACACUAUGCAACAACUAUGCACACCAGAAAGUGUAUCCAGUUAGCAGCUGUUUCUUGGACAAAUGGCUUUAUGGGUAUUUCCAUAAUAAUGGUUGCAAUGCUUCAGUUAACAUAUUGUGGACCCAAUGAAAUUGAUCAUUAUUUCUGUGAUUCUGUUCCACUUAAAAAGCUUUCAUGUAGUAACACUGAUAUGGUGGAACAUGUUAACUUAAUCUUGUUAUUUAUUUACACUAUGCCUCCAUUUAUCAUAACUGUAGCAUCCUAUAUAUAUAUAAUAAGGACCAUCUUACGAAUCCCAUCCUUGAGUGGACGACAAAAUACUUUUUCCACAUGUUCUUCUCAUCUCAGUGUGGUUUCGAUUUAUUAUGGAUCUGUAAUAAUUGUAUAUCUCUUACCACCCUCCUCUACCAUGAAUAAGUUUUUUUCUCUUUUGUACACAAUCCUUCCACCUCUAGUUAAUCCUAUCAUAUAUUGCCUUAGAAACAAGGAGGUGAAGAAAGCCUUAAAAAACAGGAUAGCAAAUUUCAGAAUAUUUCAAAAUGUGCUGGCUAAAUCUAAUAUUGUUAAAGCUAAAUAG